CAAGAUCGAUCGAUCGAUCCCUUUAUUCUACUUCGUUUCGUGUCGUAUCAUAUCAUAUCCCCUAAAGUAUAUACAAGUGAAAUGGAAAGCAGCAAAAUUAAUACUGCUAGCACUAGUUCAGAAAAGCUAGACAGGAAAACACAAGAAAAGAAUAGAAGAAUCCAAAUGAAGUAUCUUUCUUCUAAACUUUCUUCUCUCAUUCCUCCCCACCACCACAACUUAACUAAGGAGAUGCUGACACAACAAGACCAAGUUGAUCAAGCCAUUACUUACAUUGAGAAAUUGAAAGAAAGAGUAGAGGUAUUAAAGAGAAGGAAGGAUAAAGUGGCAGCACAAGGCACAAGUGAUGAUUCAAAGAAAUUCAUGCCUACAAGAGCUUGUUCUACUAUAAAUAUACCUAUGAUUGAAGUUAGAGAGUUGGAUUCAACUUUAGAGGUCAUUUUAGUCAGUGUCUUGCAAAAGAAGCUGAUCACCAUGCAAGAGGUUAUAAACAUCAUAGAGGAAGAAGGAGCUCAAGUUGUUACUGCUAAUUAUUCAACAAUUGGCGAUAAGGUUUAUUAUACGAUCCACGCUCAGGUGAAAAUUACGAGAUUAGGGGUUGAUUCUUCAAAAGUCUAUUUGAGAUUGCAAAAGCUGGUUUGCUAAUUUUAUUAAUUAUGAUGACAGGUUCAGAGAUUUUAGGACUCUCACUUCUCUAUCAUUAUAUUAUCUUAUUAUUAUUAUUCACAGGACAAUUGAAAAUUAUACAAUUAUUCUCUGUACAACGAUGGUUCAUCUCUACUC